UUCAAUUGCAGCAACAUGAGCCGCUCCGAUGUCCUUGCUUGGUGCAUGCCAUGCCUACCUCAGCAACGGCCCGAGCGGCCCGAGAAGCCCGAGCGGCCAAAGAUCGAGCUGAUGACCCUGCACCAGGAGAUUUGGAGAAAGAUCUUGGUGCAACUUGAAGCGAUAGACUUGGCGACCUUGUGUCAGGUGACCAAAGAGUUGCAGCAAGAAAUCUGCAGCAAAAGGUUGGUGAAAACGCUUGGCUUGCGUGCUUUGCACAUUUUGGACGCACCCUUCCUGAACUUCGCUUGGUUGGGCGCUGGUCGAUUGGCUUCGGGUGAAGAUGGCUGGGAGACUCUAUUGGGGUCCCUUGCUCUGGCGAAUGCGCCCCGGAGCCGCUGGAUGUUGGAAGUGCUGAGCCUCAGCAGUUUGCUCUCUGUGGGCGUGUCCCAUGAGACCAUGAAAUCCAACGCGCUGUUGGGAUCCAACAGCUGUGACUCCUGGGGUUGGGAAUUUUCUCCCAAGGGCUGGGUCGAAACCAUCAGUUCCCAACAACUGAAAUCUCAAAGCCGACAGCUUCAACCGCUGUUGGGCCAUGGCCAGCGGAUGAUUUUAGUUUUCCACCUACGGCCACGCAAUGGAGCCGGGGCCCUCUUGGAGUUGGCUGUUUUGAGCUUCAACGGCUCCUGGCACUGGUUGGAUCUGGGAUUGACGCAUGAGCUCCCCGCACUGACAGGGCUAAGACCAGCAGUAUCGGUGGAUCUGGGUGCAGCAGUUCGCGUGCUGUCCAGUGAAGUCUUUCUGGAUAGCGGUUGCUAAAGCUGUGGCGCUUUCUGAAUGGUUGACCAAAGAUGGAAAAAGUGAUGUGGAGGAUGAACUUCC